AUGACCUACACAGACCAGACGUCUGCCUUCCGAUCCCUCGUAGCAGGCCCCUCGAACCCCUCCUCCCGCGCCUCAAGCCGGAACGCGAGCCGCUCCAGAGCUCGAAAGCCCUCGUAUGACCCCGAGUUUCUGAACGAGGCAUACAGAAUAUACCAACACCUUGAUGCGUUAUCAAAGCAUCUACAAGCAAUACGGAAACCAUACCUGUCCAUCACUGAGCCGCCUAUAUCCCGGCGUCGGCGGGCACCUGAGACAGCUACAGAGGGGGACGACUGGGCGCAAUGGGACGGGGCAAAGUAUCUGUCAGACAGGGAUAGGGAGGAAAUUGAUCAGCGGGGAAAAAUGAUUCUGAGGCGGUGUAGGGAGAGAGUCGGGAUAUUGGAGGAUGGGGAGAGAGCUCGCCAGAAAGAAGUCGCCCCUCCUCCAUCUACGCUCUUCACCUUCCUGCCUUCACUCGCUCCCAAGCCGGCAUCCACAGCCGACGCGGUCGUCACUGCCCAUCGAUCUGCCGUCAUCCUUACUCUUUCGACUAUGCUUUCACGCAACACCGCCACCCUUUCAGAUUUGCAGGAAGAACGGUCAAAACGGCGAGCCGAGCGCGGCCGGACACUAGGCGAAGGUGCGGAGCGGGAAGCACAGCAGCCAAUGUCCCUUCCUCAGGUAGCGACCGACCUAGACCUCUCACCCGAGCAGGUUCAGGCGUUCGAGUCGGAGAACAACGCUUUGAUGACGCACCUGGAGUCAACCCUGUCAUCGGUGUUAAAGGCGGAGAGGUCAUUGCUGGAGGUAUCCGAGCUACAGACACAACUGGUGCAGCAGCUAGUGCAGCAGACCGAGAUGGUGGAUUUGCUGUAUGAGCAGGCGGUGGGUAGUGUGGGCGAGAUGAGGGGGGCGGAGCAGCAGCUGAAGAAGGCAAAGGAGCGGGGCGGGGAGGCGAGGUUCUUCCUGCUGGUGUUCCUUAUAGGUGCGAGCCUUGCGCUUCUGUUUCUGGACUGGUACAAAUGA